AUAAUUAUGUCCAGGUAACGGAACCCCUAAAGAACUUCCGGGGCGACUUGAACAAACCGGAAGAAGAGAGGAAGGCUGAAGCAUUCCGAAGCAUUGAGAACGGUUGGAAAGAUGGCGGCGCACACUCAAAAGAAUAACAAGCCAAGGAAACCUGGAGGAAAGGAGUCGCAGCCUCUGAUAAUUGCCAAAACUCCGGCAGAGGAGCAGCGCCUGAAGUUGGAGAGGUUGAUGCGGAACCCGGAUAAGCCUGCUCCCAUCCCAGACCGGCCAAAGGAGUGGAACCCGCGGGCUCCUCCGGAGUUCGUCCGGGAUGUGAUGGGCUCCAGCGCCGGUGCGGGCAGCGGGGAGUUCCACGUUUACCGGCACCUCCGACGCAGGGAGUACCAAAGGCAAGACUUUCUGGAAAAGAUAUCAGAGAAAGUGAAUGAGGACAUCGAAUAUCUCGAUAAAGUGGAGCUAAACAAACAGGCGGCCGAUGAUAGAACAGCGAAACGCAGGAAGAAGCGGGAAAAACUGAAGCGCAAAAUGCGGAUGGCAAAGAUGGCAAAACUCGAGUCCAAAAACAAAGGAGAAGACGAUGCAGAGAAGAGCUCGGAAAGCAGUUCAGAAGACGAUGGGGAGCGGGAAAGGGAGGCUGAAGAUGAUGCCGAGGCUCCAAGCUUCAUCAUGGGGAGGAAAUGACUCCCUCUUCGGGGUGCUGGUGUUGGUGCUGCUUGGUAGAGACAUUUUGGGCUCAUCAAUCAUGAAGCAAUGGUGGAGAUUGAGACCAGAGUUGCAUUACAUAUGAAAAAGCACAAACAACAGUUGGAACCUGUCAAAGACAAUGUGCUUCCUGUUGUUAUACAACGAGAAAAAAACGUUAUGGAUUGCUUUCCAUAGCACUCAGUGUAUUUUAAUCACACAUUGUCCCAGUUGGAAAAGAGAUAUGUUGAGAAACUUAAGAUUGUUCAUUAAGCUUUCCAUAAUAUCGGUGAAGUAUUUCUAAUUUUCAUGUUUCAGCUAGAAGGUCAGGAGUAAUGUCAUCUGUCUUAAGGCGUUUCUUGAGUUGGCCCAAUUUUUUUGUCAUUUUGAUUCAUUGUCCCAAUCCACAUUUUAAUAUUUGCUUUCAAUAAAAAAAUGUGAAUAUACAUGCAAAUGCCGUUUGUUCACUUAAGAUUUCUCAACUCUAUUCUUGUUGUCACUGUUAGAUAUGUCAUAUGCUAAUGAGUGUUUGUAUGUGUCACUCUUCCAUGUUAUCAUCGUUGCAGCCUUGUGAAGUUGCUCCUCGCAUGAAGUGUUGCUUGUGUGCACAACAAGGCUGCAGAAAGUAUUUAAAAGAAUGAAAAGGCGUGACUUCUCGAGGUUCUGGAGUUUCACGUGCGAUGUUCUUUGGACAGACAACACCUGCUUUCCACGGUGGUGAUGGCUUCAGUCCGUAGCCAUUGCUUUUCUUAAGGCAUGUAGAGUAAACUCCUGACAGCACAAUAUUGUUUGGAGCAACAGAAGCUCUUUGUGUCGAGCGCUGUCAGCUGUCAC